GAUAUCUGAGACCUACAAAUAGCUUACUUAGUGAAGAAGGUUUUGACGGAAUCGUUUUAACUUCUUACAUAUUUCUCGGUCGAGAUGGCUCGUCAAAACAGGGCGCUUAACAAACUUUCAAUGACGAAUUGAAUAACAAUACCAAAGGCACCGGCGAUUCCCGCAAGGCUUUUGUAGAUUCGCAAGAGCCCCCAAGAGAAAGCCCCACGUGAGAGCACCUCUCGGGGCAACGCAGCAGGUUUAUGCUAAUCACGCUCGGAGGAGGGGAGCGAGCCGCGGCGCGGAGCCAUUUUGUAGUCAUUUUAAACUUUACAUGGAAUAAUGCCACCUCGUCCCAUGGAUACUACGGAUACAGUGACUUUUUCUCCGUUAAAACUGGAAAAAUGAAGGUUAAAUGAAAGGCACCGUGUGGGGAAAGGGAGAGUUGAUGGACUUUCUUAAGGUGUUUUGAAGUUCUGUGGAACUAAGGAAUUUUAAACCAUGGAAGUGGUUCUGCGUUGGACCUGGGUAAGCCUUGUGUGUAGUUUGCCGUUCAUGGGAUGUUUCGACUUACACAUCUCAGACACUUCACUCUCAGGGAACGUGCUGACAAAUAUGUCACUCGGUCCCGGCUGGACAUACAAAAUUGACAGAACUUUAACUGCAAAAUACCUAUUGGAGUUUGUGAAUGUAGAAUGGCAAGACGGAGUGGUAAGUGUUUCCAGUAGGGUGGACUGUGCGCGCUUACCUAAGAACCCGGCGCCUCUCUAUGUCAAGAUAAGAUCUAUGACAUCUGGAAACUUUGUUCUGACACAUUUUAACGUGUUUGUUCACGGACAGAAUUGUUUUAUCAAAUACAAAAGAAAGAGUUCCAUUGACAAGCCAGAUAUUUAUGCCGAUCACCUAUACAAGUUAGGGGAAACUUCCUGCUUGUCUUCAGGUAAUUUACUUGUCAAUGUGAACGACAUUUUACCUGAAUUCGUUAAGCAGACUUCAAUUUCUAGUUAUUCGUGCACAAACGCCGAUGGUAAUGCAGUAGUGAAUAACGGGAAUGUAUUUCUCAAACAUGAGCACUGUUCCGAACCGGGGGAGCGGAGCGAAAUGGCUUUUUGGUGUACAGUGCACGGCUCGUUGGGUGACCGUGUUUCCAUGCGCGUCAGAUUGCGAUUCGGGCCAAAUAGUCACCGCGUGUCGUCAGAGUUGAUUCACAACAAACCCAGUAAAUUAAAUCUCAGAAUAAAGAGAGGCUUAAAAACGAAUCCCACAUUUCAAUUGCCCGGUUAUCAAGUAUCUGUCCCGGAGAAUGAGCCAGCGGGGACUCGUGUUAUCAACGUGAAAGCUACUGAUCCGGAUAGUGGGGAAGCGGGGAGGCUUAAGUAUGCCAUGGAGGCACUGUUUGAUAAGCGAUCCGAUGAUUUCUUCGUAAUUGACCCGCAGACAGGCAGCAUUGUUACCACGCAGCCCCUGGACAGGGAAGUCAAAGACACUCACGUCUUCAAAGUAACUGCCACUGACCACGGCAGCCCUCCCCGAAUAGCCACUUCUUACCUCACCGUCACUGUGAGAGACACCAAUGAUCACGCGCCUGUGUUCGAGCAGUUGGAGUACAGGGUGGCCAUUCGCGAAAAUGUCGAAGUGGGGUUCGAAGUCAUCACCAUUCGGGCCAAUGACGGGGACACUCCUUCAAACGCAAACAUGAUGUACAGAAUUGUGAACGGAGACGGUGAUAACUCCGGUUUUGAGAUUGACUCGCGAAAUGGGCUUGUGAAAAUUCGGGUACGUCCUGACAGGGAGGUCAUGUCGCAGUAUACACUGAUAGUCGAAGCCAAUGAUCAGGGCAGAGAUCCAGGCCCGCGUAAUGCAUCCGCCACAGUGUACAUAACGGUAGAGGACGAGAAUGACAAUUACCCCCAGUUUAGCGAGAAAAGGUAUGUAGUGCAAGUGCCGGAGAACGUGGCUGUCAACACGCAGAUAGCUCAGGUGGAGGCCACAGACAAAGACGAGGGAAACAACGCCGAAGUCCGCUACAGCAUCAUCAGUGGCAAUGUGAAAGGCCAGUUCUACAUCCACUCCUCGACUGGUGUGAUAGAUGUGAUUAACCCUCUGGACUAUGAGAUGAUCAGAGAGUAUAACCUGCGUAUUAAGGCCCAGGAUGGAGGUAGGCCUCCGUAUAUCAAUGGGACGGGGAUGGUGGUUGUUCAGGUGGUGGAUAUCAACGACAACACCCCCAUGUUUGUCAGCACGCCCUUCCAGGCCACAGUGUUGGAGAAUGUGGCCAUUGGACACUCUGUGAUUCACAUCCAGGCCAUUGACGCAGACUCCGGGAAAAACGCGCGUCUGGACUACAGGCUUAGUGACACCACACCGGGGUUCCCUUUCACCAUCAACAACAGCACGGGCUGGGUGAUGGUGUGUGCCGAACUGGACCGCGAGACCACCGAGUUCUACACGUUUGACGUGGAGGCGCGAGACAAUGGCGUGCCCGCGCUCUCGUCCUCCGCCAGCAUCAGCAUCACGGUUCUUGACGUCAACGACAACGUGCCGGAGUUCACGCAGAGGUCGUACUCGCUGAAGAUCAACGAGGACGCCGUGGUGGGCACCAGCGUGCUCACGGUCAGCGCCAUCGACCGUGACGUCAACAGCAUCGUCACCUAUCAGAUCUCCAGCGGCAACACGCGCAACCGUUUUGCCAUCACCAGCCAGAGCGGCGGCGGACUGCUGACGUUGGCACUGCCCCUCGACUACAAGCAGGAGCGGCAGUACGCCCUCACGCUCACUGCGUCCGACGGCACGCGCUUCGACAACGCGCAGGUCCUCAUCAAUGUCACCGACGCCAACACGCACCGGCCCGUCUUCCAGAGCGCCAACUACCAGGUGCUGGUGAGCGAGGACCGCCCCGUGGGCUCCACCGUCGUGUUGAUCAGCGCCUCGGACGAAGACACAGGCGAGAAUGCGCGCAUCACCUACGAGAUGGAGGACAACGUGCCACAGUUCGCCAUCGACCCCGACACGGGCGCCAUCACCACGCGCACCGAGCUCGAUUAUGAGGACCUGGCCUCGUACACCCUGGCCAUCAUCGCCCGCGACAACGGCAUCCCGCAGAAGUCUGACACCACGUACGUGGAGAUCAUGGUGCAGGAUGCCAACGACAACGAGCCGCGCUUCAGCCGGGACAAGUACCAGGGCAGCGUGUUUGAGGACGCGCCCACUCUCACUAGCGUACUCCAGAUCUCCGCCACCGACCGCGACUCCGGCUCCAACGGACGCCUCACAUACACCUUCCAUGGUGGCGACGACGGAGAUGGUGACUUCCAGAUUGAGACUUAUUCCGGAAUCAUCCGCACGUCACGGAAGCUGGACAGGGAGAACGUGGCUGUGUAUAGCCUGAAGGCUUUUGCUGUGGAUAAGGGCGUGCCGCCGCUGAAGGCCUCCGUGGACGUGCAGGUGUCUGUGCUGGACAUCAACGACAAUGCGCCCAAGUUUGAGAAGGACCGGCUGGACAUCUACGUGAAGGAGGACAGCACAGUGGACUCGGUGGUGGAGCGCAUCGUUGCGGAGGAUCCCGACGAGGGGACCAACGCUCAGAUCAUAUACCAGAUCGUGGAGGGGAACAAUCCAGAAAUGUUCGACCUGGACAUCUUCACAGGGGACCUGAAGCUGCUGGCGGAGCUGGACUACGAGACGCGGACGGAGUACGUGAUUGUGGUGCAGGCCACAUCCGCACCGCUGGUCAGCCGCGCCACGGUGCACGUGCACGUGGAGGACGUGAACGACAACGAGCCCGUGCUGAAGGACUUCGAAAUCCUCUUCAACAACUACGUCACCAACAAGUCCAACAGCUUCCCGGCUGGAAUCAUAGGCAAGGUUCCGGCCCACGACCCGGACGUGUCGGAUAAGCUCCACUACAGCUUCCUGGAGGGCAACGAGCUGAACCUGCUCAUCCUCAACCAGAACACCGGCGAGCUCAAGCUCAGCAAGGACCUGGACAACAACCGGCCGCUGGAGGCCACCAUGAAGAUGGCUGUGUCGGACGGACUCCACCGUGUGACGGCCUUCUGCACGCUGCGUGUGACCAUCAUCACGGACGACAUGUUGACCAACAGCAUCACGGUGCGUCUGGAGAACAUGUCCCAGGAGCGCUUCCUCUCUCCGCUGCUGUCCCUCUUCAUGGAUGGCGUGGCCGCCGUGCUCUCCACCAGCCGCGACGCCGUCUUUGUCUUCAACGUCCAGAACGACACCGACGUCCACGGCGCCAUCCUCAACGUCACCUUCUCCGCCCUGCUGCCCGCGGCGUCGGGGGCGAUCACGCUUGGGGGCAGUGCGGGGGUAGGCGCGGGUGCGGGCAUGGGGCGCUUCUUCCCCUCGGAGGACCUGCAGGAGCGUAUCUACCUGAACCGCACCAUGCUGCAGCGCAUCACCAGCCAGCAGGUGCUGCCCUUCGACGACAACAUCUGCCUGCGGGAGCCCUGUGAGAACUACAUGAAGUGCAUCUCGGUGCUGCGCUUCGACAGCUCGCCACCCUUCAUCGCCUCCGACACCAUGCUCUUCCGGCCCAUCCACCCAAUCAACGGCCUGCGCUGCCGAUGCCCUGCCGGGUUCACCGGCGACUACUGCGAGACCGAGGUGGACCUGUGCUACUCUGGGCCCUGCCGCAACAAUGGCCGCUGCCGUAGCAGGGAGGGAGGAUACACCUGCGAGUGCCAGGAGGACUUCACAGGUGAGCACUGUGAGGUGAACGCCCGGUCGGGGCGCUGCGUGCCCGGCGUGUGUAAGAACGGGGGCACGUGUGUGGACCUGCUGGUGGGGGGGUUCAUGUGCCAGUGUCCGGCAGGCGAGUUUGAGAAGCCCUACUGCGAGAUGACAACGCGCAGCUUUCCCGGCCAGUCCUUCAUUACCUUCAGAGGACUCAGGCAGAGGUUCCACUUCACCGUCUCCUUCAUGUUUGCUACACAGGACAGGAAUGCACUGCUGCUCUACAAUGGCCGCUUCAAUGAGAAACAUGACUUCAUCGCCGUGGAGAUCAUUGAGGAGCAGGUCCAGCUCACCUUCUCUGCAGGAGAGACCAAGACCAUAGUAGCCCCCUUCGUCCCGGGCGGGGUCAGUGACGGCCAAUGGCAUUCAGUUCAGCUGCACUACUACAACAAGCCCAACAUCGGUCGUCUGGGCUUCCCUCAUGGCCCCUCGGGGGAGAAGGUGGCCGUGGUUGCCGUGGACGACUGUGACAUCGCCAUGGCAGUGCGGUUUGGAAGCCAGGUCGGGAACUACAACUGUGCCGCCCAGGGCACCCAAACAGGCCAGAAGAAGUCAUUGGAUCUCACUGGUCCGUUGCUUCUGGGCGGUGUCCCGAACCUUCCGGAAGAUUUCCCCGUUCUGAACCGCGACUUCAGAGGCUGCAUGAGGAACUUAACCAUCGACAGCAAACCCCUGGACAUGGCCAGCUUUAUCGCAAACAACGGGACUGAAGCAGGCUGCCAGACGAGGAGUAACUUCUGCACCAAGACUGUGUGUCUGAAUGGGGGCCUGUGUGAGAACAAGUGGGGCACCUACUCCUGCGACUGCCCCUCUGGAUAUGGAGGCAAGAACUGCGACCAAGUUAUGCUGGCUCCUCAGUCCUUUGAUGGUCGGGCCAUGGUGAUGUGGACGGAACCGGAUGUGACGGUAGCAGUUCCGUGGUACAUGGGCCUGAUGUUCCGCACACGGCACAGCACCGGAACCCUCAUGCAGGCCAAUGCUGGACAAGCCUCUAAAAUCAACCUGCUGCUGAACAACAAGCAUGUGCUUUUCGAGGUGUUCCUGGGUCAGUCCCUCGUGGCGAAGGUGGAUUUCCCAGAAGCCCGCAUGACUGACGGCCAGUGGCAUCACGUCCUGGUGGAGCUCAGGAGUGUGAAAGACGGCAAAGACAUCAAAUAUAUGGCCAACGUGUCCCUGGACUAUGACAUGCACAAUAAAGAGGUAGAGAUUGGGAACGAGUUGCCUGGCAUGAGGUUGGAGAGUCUGUACAUCGGGGGACUGCUAGACAAACACAACGAAGUCCUUAAAGGGUUUCAGGGUUGCAUGCAGGGUGUGCGUAUGGGUGAGACGUCCACCAACACGGCGAACAUCAACAUGCUGCAGGGCCAGAAGAUCCGUGUGGAGGAGGGCUGCGUGCUGCCUGAGCCCUGCGACGCCGCACACUGCCCCGACAACAGCCACUGCAGCGACGACUCGGUCGACGACUUGAAUACACACACCUGCGUCUGCGACCCUGGUUAUUUUGGCCGUGACUGUGUGGAUGCAUGUCGGUUGAACCCGUGUGAGCAUGUCUCCACCUGCCAGCGCAAGCCCAGCUCCUCCCACGGCUACACCUGCGAGUGCGGACAAAGCUACUACGGGCAGUACUGCGAGAACAAGGUUGAGAAGCCAUGCCCCCGUGGCUGGUGGGGGAGUCCCAUGUGCGGCCCCUGUAACUGUGACGUCAGCAAGGGCUUCAACCCCGACUGCAACAAGACGUCCGGAGAGUGCCGCUGCAAGGAUAACUACUACCAGCCCCAGGAGGGCGACACCUGCUACCCCUGCGACUGCUUUGCUCUGGGCUCUGAGUCCCGCACCUGUGACCCCCAAACCGGACAUUGCCCCUGCAAGGCUGGGGUCAUAGGUCGCCAGUGCAACCGCUGCGACAACCCCUUCGCAGAGGUCACUGUCAAUGGCUGCGAUGUGGUGUAUGAUGUCUGCCCCAAGGCGUUUGAUGCAGGCAUCUGGUGGCCCAAGACCAAGUUUGGGCGUCCUGCUGCCGCCCACUGCCCUAAGGGCUCCAUCGGCACAGCCAUCAGACACUGUGGAGAAGAGAAAGGAUGGCUGCCUCCUGACCUCUUCAACUGCACCUCCAUGGCUUUUGUGCAGCUCAAGAAACUGAAUGAGGAGCUGCAUCGUAACGAGUCCCGCAUGGAUGGCGAGCGUUCUAAGGACAUUGCACGCCAGCUGCAGAACGCCACCAAUCACACAACUGUGUUCUACGGGAACGACGUGCGCGUGGCCUUCCAGCUGCUCCGGCAUGUUCUUCAGUACGAGAGCCGGCGCAGUGGGUUCCAGCUCACCGCAACGCAGGACGCCGACUUCAACCAGAACAUCAUUGAAGCGGGCAGCGCCAUCCUGCACCCGGGCACCAAGCCGCACUGGGAGCACAUCCAGCGCUCGGAGGGGGGCACCGCCCACCUGCUGCACAGCUUCGAGGACUACACACACACACUCGUGCAGAACAUGAAGAACACCUACCUCAAACCCUUCACCAUUGUCACCGACAACAUGAUCAUUGCCGUGGAUUACCUGGACCCCUCAGAACCGGACACUGCUAAGAUCCCCCGCUUCCAGGACAUCCAGGACGUGUGUCCCGAAGAUCUCAAGUCCUCCGUUCUCUUCCCAGAGUUCUCCUUCAGACCCCUGCAGAACAACCCCCCCCCCACGGAGGAGCCCCCCACCCCCACGGAGGCUCAGACUGAGGAAGACCACACUGAGUCUGUGAUGAGGAGGAGGAGGAGGAGGAGGAGUGCAGAGAGCUACGCCCCGUUGCCAGUGGCAGCAGUCAUCGUGUACCGCUCCCUCGGCCAGCUCCUCCCCGAACGCUAUGACCCUGACCGUCGCAGCCUGAGGCUACCCAAGCGUCCGGUCAUCAACACGCCCAUCGUGAGCACGACGGUGCACAGUGAAGGGGAGCGCCUCUCUCUGCCUCUGGACAAGCCCAUCCUGCUGGACUACAACCUGCUGCAGACCGAGGAGAGGACCAAACCUGUGUGUGUCUUCUGGAACCACUCAAUCGCGAUUGGUGGGACUGGCGGCUGGUCCUCCAAGGGUUGUGAGUUGGUCAAGAGAAACCGGACCCACAUCAGCUGUCAGUGUAAUCACAUGACCAGCUUUGCUGUGAUGAUGGACAUCUCCAAACGAGAGCAUGGGGAUGUGCUGCCCCUGAAGAUCGUGACGUACACCUCUGUGACUGCGUCCCUGGUAGCGCUGCUCCUCACCUUCAUCCUGCUGGCCCUGUUGCGUCGCCUGCGCUCCAACCUCCACGACAUCCACAAGAACCUAGUGGCCGCGCUCUUCUUCUCCGAGCUCGUCUUCCUCAUCGGCAUCAACCAAACUGACAACCCGUUUGUGUGUACGGUGAUUGCCAUCCUGCUGCAUUAUUUCUACAUGUGCACAUUCGCCUGGAUGUUUGUGGAGGGUCUCCACAUCUACCGCAUGCUCACCGAGGUCAGAAACAUCAACCACGGACACAUGCGCUUCUACUAUGCCAUAGGCUGGGGUGUACCUGCCAUCAUCACAGGUCUGGCAGUGGGUUUGGAUCCUCAGGGUUAUGGGAACCCAGACUUCUGCUGGUUGUCUGUCCAUGACACACUCAUCUGGAGUUUCGCUGGACCUAUCUCUGUGGUCGUGCUGGUCAACAUAGUGAUUUUUGUGCUGGCUGCUAAGGCCUCGUGUGGACGCAGGCAACGCUCCUUUGAGAAGUCAGGAACCAUUGCUGCUCUGCGUAUGGCCUUCCUGCUGUUGCUGCUCAUCAGCGCCACCUGGCUUCUGGGUCUGAUGGCCGUCAACAGCGACGUCAUGACCUUCCACUACCUGUUCGCUAUCUUCAGCUGUCUACAGGGCAUCUUUAUCUUCUUCUUCCACUGCAUCUUCAACAAGGAGGUGAGGAAGACCCUGAAGAACGUCCUUACUGGGAAGAAGCCCAUACCAGAGGAGUCCAGUACCACACGUGCCUCUCUACUCACUCGCUCUCUGAACUGCAACACGUACACAGAGGACGGCACCAUCUACCGGUCGGCCAUUGGCGAGUCAACAGUUUCCUUGGAGACGCCGGGCAGGUCAGCAAAGAGCAGCUACCUAGCUUACACACUCAGAGAUGACUCUGGUCAGAAGCCCAGUGUGUCCUCCAGUGGUGCGAGGGCUGCUAUCGCUGACAUCGACGGCUCCAUUUUCCACAGAAAUGGCACCAAGGCUGAUGACUCGGACUCGGACAGUGAGCUGUCAGUGGACGAGCACAGCAGCUCCUAUGCCUCCUCACAUUCCUCUGACAGUGAGGAUGAUGAUGAUGACGAUGUCAAGCCCAAGUGGAACAACGAGAGACAACCGCUGCACAGCACUCCAAAAGUGGAUACAGUGGCCAAUCACGUGAAGCCUUACUGGCCUACAGAGGCCACCACAGCAAGUGACAGUGAGGAUCUUUGCAUGGCGGAGCGACUGCGGGUGGAGACCAAAGUGAACGUGGAGCUGCACCCCGAAAACAAGCUGAACCACACAGUAGAGGCCCCCCAGGAGAAAGAGCCCACAGCCCGAGAGAUCAACACCCCCACGCCAACCCCCACCCCCACCCCCACACAGUCCAACAGCAACAACCAGCCAGAGCACAGGAAAGGAAUCCUGAAGAACAAGAUCUCGUAUCCUCCACCACUAUCGGACAAGAACAUGAAGAACCGUUUGCGGGAGAAGCUCUCGGACUACAACCCCCCCACCAUCUCCUCGCGAUCCCCGUCUGUGGUGUCUGUCACCGGGGGCAACAACGUGCUCAGCAAGCCCCCCCAGCGGCCUGUGCCACCCCCCCGAGACACGCCGCAGCAGAAUGGAGUCGCAAUCAACCUCCUCACCACCCUCAAUGGGGGCAAUCACUCCGACUCUGAUGGCAGUAAUGAAACAUCCAUCUGACCCGACAGGAAGGUGAAGGACCCCCCAGCCCUGUAAAGGUGCUUCUGCCCACCACCCC